AUGACGACCUGUUCACAGAGGCUGCAAGAGGACACCUCUCUGCUUCAGCAACUGGAGGGAACACGCUCAAAUCUGCUCCGGCUGUCUGCGGAGCUCCGCUCGGUAGAGGCCCAGAAUGACCAGCUCAGGGUCGCAGCUGCGGCUCGCUCCCUCCAACGAGAGGAGCAGAGGGAGCUCCAGGGAAAGGUGGCCGAGCUUCGAAAAGCCCUGGAGAAAGCCACGACGUGCCGGGACAGGCUGCGGAGGCAGACGUCGGAGCUGGAGGAUCAGGCGGCCACUCAGCGUCGACUGGCGCGAGCCUACGAGGAGGGGGCCCAGGAGCUCAGGACCGAGUUGCGACAUGCAAUGCGUCACCUGAAGGCCAGGCAAGAGCAUUCCUGCGCGGAGGAGUCGCAGAGCAGCGCUGCCAGCUCGUGCUUGCGGGACGGAUCUGAGAUCUGGGAGCCGUUGCUUGAAGGCGACCCUAUGGAUGGGACCUGGAGGCGGCGUUCCAGUUCCUUGCGGAAGCAACGUGCGGAGAUGCCUUGGAGCAUGGACCAGACCUGGCGGUUCAAAUGA